AUGGACAUCACGGGGGUAGGUUCAAUGGAAAUAGAGAAGGGUACUUUCGUCAUUCUCACAAAUGAUGGCUCAUUGACAAACUACAAGUCCACACGAGGGAGGGCUAUAAAGAGAAUUCACGAGGUGAAGGUGGUGCGCACGUCACUGGUGAGCGAGCCCCCACGCAAAGCAGUACAAUCAUAUAAAACCCAGAACAAGUCAGCUACAGUUUCUUCUUCCCUCUUUGCAAUGACUUGCUGA